AUGCUUGCAGAGUGGGGGUGGUGUAUUGGUGGUGGUGGUGGUAGUGGGGGUGGUGUAGUGGUGGUGGUGGUGGUAGUGGGGGUGUGGGGGUGGUGUAGUGGUGGUGGUUGUGGUAGUGGGGGUGGUGUAUUGAUGGAGGUGGUAGUGGGGGUGGUGUAUUGGUGGUGGUGGUUGUGGGGGUGGUGUAGUGGUGGUGGUGGUAGUGAGGGUGGUGUAGUGGUGGUUGUGGUAGUGGGGGUGGUGGUAGUGGGGGUGGUGUAUUGGUGGUGGUGUGAGGGUGGUGUAGUGGUGGUAGUGGGGGUGGUGUAUUGGUGGUGGUGGUUGUGGGGGUGGUGUAUUGGUGGUUGUGGUAGUGAGGGUGGUGUAUUGGUGGUGGUGGUAGUGGGGGUGGUGUAUUGGUGGUGGUGGUGUGGGGGUGGUGUAGUGGUGGUGGUGGUAGUGGGGGUGGUGUAUUGGUGGUGGUGUGGGGGUGGUGUAUUGAUGGAGGUGGUAGUGGGGGUGGUGUAUUGGUGGUGGUGGUUGUGGGGGUGGUGUAGUGGUGGUGGUGGUAGUGAGGGUGGUGUAGUGGUGGUUGUGGUAGUGGGGGUGGUGUAUUGGUGGUGUGGGGGUGGUGUAGUGGUGGUGGUGGUAGUGGGGGUGGUGUAUUGGUGGGGGUGGUGUAGUGGUGGUGGUGGUAGUGGGGGUGGUGUAGUGGUGGUGGUGGUAGUGGGGGUGGUGUAG